AUGACGAAACAGAAUGACGGGCUUUUCCUCUUAGAGGUUCUCGUUGAUAAAAUAUUUUUUAUUAAAAGUCCCUGUUUUUCUGAUAAGGAUUUUAGGACAUGUAUUAACAUCGCAUGUCCGGGAGUUGAACCACUGGAGAUCUGUGACGACGAACCAGGAGCUUGCUUAGUGAAGAGUACCGGCCCAUUUAUCAAAUCCUUUAACAAUGGGAAAUCUUGCCUUUUUUCUCUAAAUGAAAAUGAAAUCAAUACUGCCAUGAAUAAAUAUCCCAUAAAUGUUUGUGUGUAUAAGGCUCUACCAUGUGGAUGUUUGCCAACAAAAAUUGUAAUGGGAGAAUGUGUAAUUGAUAUGACAAAAGAAUUUGUUGAAGCGCGCAAAACUUUUUUGGAAGAUCCAACCAAUGUCAGCUACCAAGCUCUUAAAGAUUCGUUUCGAAUCGUUGGACCAGAUGGAUCCGAGACCGGCGAAAUUGUUAUGUUUUUACGUAUAUCCUGUUUUGGCAAAUUAAUUAUAACUAGAUUUCAGGGACCGGGUGGUCCACCAAAUUUAGCAGCCGGUAAAAGUUCAGCAAUUAUUGAUAGAUCUUGCACUCCUACGAGAGAAUACCAAAGCAUGCAAGAUCCAUGUGCAUGCGGAGCAGCACGAGGCAAUAUUAAUGGUGGAGUUGGAGGUAGUGCAGGGGUACCCUGUAACGUCGACCCUUAUAAUAGUAUGCCCUGUACGGACCUUGAUGACCCAUGUUACUGUUCUGGACCCAAACCACAACCAAAACAGCAGAUGGUUUGCAGGAAUACUGAUCAAUAUUGUUUACAUGUACCGAAAGAUUGCUGUCCGACUGGAAACAAGGUUGUAUUUCAAUUGCCUACGGAUACCUGUGACCUUGGCCACAAACAAAGAACACACUUCAAGUUCACUUCAGAUGGAGUGGGUGACUUAGCUAGGGAUGAGCCAGGCCAACUAAUGUCAACCACUUCAGAACAAUACCCAGGUGUUGUAUAUGAUUUUCCAAGACAAAUAAUAAAAAUGAGAAUCGGAAAGACUAUUGAAAUGCCCGGAAGGAAAUCAAAACUUGAAUAUCAAUUCAUAACACCCGUGAUAACACAUGAAAAGAUAGUGCCAGUAAGAGAGGAGCGAACAGCGCAGUGUGCUCAAGCUUGUAAUCUACAAAACUUGCUGUUACAACAAACAAAGGAGGACGGAGAGUUAUCAUCGAGGAAAAUAAAGCAUAUAAUUUACGAUUUGCAAGUUUUCAGUAAACAGUCUUUUUUAUCAAAUUCGACAAAUAAUGUCUCUGUAAGAAAACGAAUAUCUGAAACUCAUACAGAUAUAUUUUAUAACAACGUUGAUCGUACUUGGGAAUCGUGGGGCUCUUUUAAAGAUGUUAAAGAAGCUGGCUGUUUUGGAGUAAAAGAUACAUCAGUUUAUAUGUCUCUUUCUCAUAAUUAUGGCCGGAUGACACUAGGUACACAAGCUACGGCUUCUAUUAAUAAAUCUUUUCAAGUUUGUGAGGAGUGGAAGACAUCAUUAAAAAGCGAAACAGAGGCUACUUCAAAUUACUGUUCAACGUGCUCAGUAUCCACUGUUCCUUUACGUAAAUAUAAGAAUCGGGUUACUAAAAAUUUACUUCGCCCUGAAAUUUAUUUUUUUGGAAAGAAGAAAGAACGCUCAGAUAAUAAGGGGAUGGGAUCAAAAGGUUCUUAUGCAAAACUACAUAAGACAAGUCAAACGUCAGGUACUGCUAUAAAAAGUGGUUCCAAAUCAAGUAUUCAAUCCUGUUCAAAUCAAAGCAUUAAAAGGCGUAGUAGUUCUACCGCAAAGCCUAAUUUCACAGCAAAAAAUUCUAAGGGAGCAGCAACGGCAUCAGGUACUUUUAAGUCCGUUACUAUAAAAGACGAAAAGUCACAAAAACCUUGUCCAGCAUUGGGAGGAACCACAAAGGGAGAUAUGACGGCUACGGUUUCGCAUAUUAAGAUCGGGCCUAAAGAAACAUGUCCCGUGCAUGGAAAUGAUCCUUGUCAGGGUCCUAAGUGUGUAUUGGCUUCUUCAGGACAAGAACAGGGAUUAGUGAAGGUGACUAAUAUAAAUAAUCCUAGGAAAGGUGUCUUCGAAAUUGUUAUUCGAAAACUUACUGGGGCACCUUUAGCAAAAAAUGAAUUAAUGUUAGAGUGGACUCCACCGCCAUCUCGUACAUCGCCAUGUAAUGUGCCAUGUCCAAUAUCUUAUAUUCCACCUCGCUCUUGUCGCCAUUCAAAAUGUAAGUUAAUAGUAUGCCGACCUACAUCCUGUAGACCUAAAUGUUCAAGAAAAAAGCCAUGUGGACAAACGAGUUGUCGAACACUUCCCUGUAAAAGUUGUUGCAGAGCUACAUGCUACGGAAGCCCAUAUCGUCCAUGUAAGCCAUGCCCUCCACAACCACCCUCAUGCUGUCCAGUUUCACCUUGUAGCCAAUGCGUUAAGCCUUGCAAGACGCCCUGUGCCAUACCUUGCAAAAGCUCACCGUGCCUAAAACCUUGCCCGAUUGGACGCAAACGACCCCGGAUAUCUCGAAGUCAGCCAAAGAUUAAAUCUCAUCGCAAGAAACUUUCUCCCUGUUCUAAUCGUGCAAAGGCAUGUCCUGUUGUUCGAUGUCGCAGUAUAGCUGGACAGUGUACUGUGUACUGUGGUAUUCCUCAAUUUUGCUUACCACGAAACUGCAGUGCAGUUCUUCCCUGUAAAUUCACAAGUCUAGAAUCUUGUUUGAAGAGCUGUUCUUCCUGUUGUGGCUAA